AUGUCCCUCGCGAGCAUGGCUCAUGUGGUUGCUAACAAGUGGACCUCUGAGGACCUCUUGAGCCUGCCCAGGCUGCCGCGCAACAGCGCCAUACUGCCUAUGUACAGGGCAGUACUUGUCUGCUCUCGCUCGCCAGCUAUGCCUCGUCGGGCAUGGUCGUCUUUUGCCAAAGCCACCUGGGACCAGCCGCCCGGUCCAUGUGCGGUACCAAGCACGGCUCUCCCCGGCACAGGCAAGUGGCCUGGUCUGAGAUCGUGGGCACUGUUGACCCUAGAGGGUACCCUGAUCUGGGGCCCUGCCAUCAGCUGGAUCCCAGCCCCAGGAUGUCGUUUAUGCCAGUCAAAAAGGGUCACCCCCUUGUCUGAUGCGCCUGUAUCUGGCCAAGCCACAAGCCAGGGGACGCCCGACGGGCGCGCUUAA